AUGUACACACACAGUAUAUGGCGGUAUCUUCUGUUACCCACAUUGCUUUUAAGUAGCAAUUUUUCAGCAGUAUGCGGCAAGAAAGAUAAGCCCCGACUCACGGCUUCUAAAUUUGAGUUCCUUCCUUACAAUGUUAACUAUUUUGAUGAUUCAGAUGUGGUCAUGUUUAUCGACCCUAUUUCUAGCAAUGUGUACCGCUCGACAAACGCCGGCGAAAGUUGGGAGAUGCCGAAAGAUUUACCACGUGGUGCUGCUCUAUCACUAACAUUACAUCCGUGGAAAUCUACUCGAGCUUUUAUGAUGACAUCAGAAGAGCUUCAUUGGAAAACUGAUGAUCGUGGGGAGACGUGGCAAAAAUUUGUCGUCGAAAAAUUCCCAAGUUUAUACCGAGAUCCCUUAACUUUCCAUGCAGGUGAUCCUGACAGAAUAAUUUGGAAUGGAAUGGACUGUUCAGGCAUUUUCUGUGACGAACUAACUAUGUACACGACGGACAAUUUCAAGCACACAAAAUACUUACGAGACGACACUGAUGGAUGCUAUUGGGCAAAAUCAGACCCUGUCUUCUCUACUGGAGAUAAAAAGAUGGAUCUCAACCGAAUUAUAUGUGUAACUAGAGGUCGGUUUUCUCCUUGGAGGACAGAUUAUCGGCUCCUUAUAUCAGAUAAUUUCUUUAGCGGAGGUGAUGAACUGGAGCCGGAACUUGAGCUUGGACGUACAGUGAAGGGUAUCAUAAACGUGGCCUCAGUCACUAAAUACUUAAUUGCAGCAGCAGCUUCUGAUAAUACAGACGAGAUGUCGCUUUACGUCUCGGACGACUCCAUAAAGUGGCACAAAGCUGUAUUUCCACAUGAACACAAGCUGCGUCAGGAGUCUUAUACUGUACUGGAGGGGACAAAUUAUAGCAUACAAAUCGACAUUCAGAACUCUGGUCGGCCUAUGAAACCAAUGGGAGUAUUCCUUACAAGUAAUUCUAAUGGCACCUACUUUGUACGAAAUAUUGAGCAUACUAACCGAAACGAAUGGGGUGUAGUCGACUUCGAGAAAGUCAUGGGAAUACAAGGAAUAGUAAUGCUCAAUAUUGUUGAAAAUUUUGAAGCUGUCGAGAAGUCAAAUGAGGAAAAGCACAUUAGAUCGAAGAUGAGUUUUGACGAUGGUCGAGAUUUCAUGGAUCUAAACUGCGACGGUCAUCCUCUCCAUCUUCAUUCUGUGACAGACAUCUCAAAUUCCGGGAGAGUUUUCACUAGUCCCGCGCCUGGGCUAGUCAUGGGCAUUGGAAAUACAGGAAAUUAUUUAAAGCAUUACAUGGAAGGUAGUCUCUAUAUCUCUGACGAUGCUGGUGUAAGCUGGAAACUAGGUCUUGAUGGACCCUACAAAUACGAGUUUGGAGAUCAAGGAUCUAUUCUUGUUGCUGUCAAAGAGGGCGUUGCGGACGAACUUCAUUACUCCUUAAAUCAUGGCAAUAAAUGGCACUCUGUAUCCCUACCCGACAAAAUGAAGAUCCGCCCUAUUCAGCUAACAACCUCACGAGACUCUACAAGCCUUAAAUUCUUGCUCGAGGGCGUUGAAGAAAAACAGCCUGCAGAACAUGGAUAUCUAGUCGCCGUUGAUUUUAAUGAUAUGCACGAAGGAAAAUGCAGAGAAAGUGAUAUGGAGAAGUGGUAUGCCAGAGUAAACGAAAAAGGGGAGCCUACUUGCUUAAUGGGUCAUAAACAAUAUUUUAUGCGUCGGAAAAAAGAUGCAGACUGCUUCAUCAAGUCAGAGUUUAAAGACCCUGAGCCUUUUUUUGAGACUUGCGAAUGUACAGUUGCCGACUUCGAGUGCGACUAUAACUUUGUAAGAAGCCUUGACCGAGAUAAGUGUGAACUUGUCGGUGCUUUGAUGCUCCCGCAAGGCGCUUGCAAUUCCUCAAAUCCAGAUGAAAUGUUUAAGGGAUCCUCAGGCUGGCGUUUGAUACCCGGAAAUGAUUGUCAACGAGCAACUGGACCCCAGAAAGAUGAUCUGGUUGACUUGAAGUGUUCCGAAUACUCCGGAUCUCGAGCGUCGGGUAAAAUCAGUAAUACCUUGAAGGAAUUCUCGGGCAAGAUUUUUACUAAUCAGGUCUAUCUGGAACGCAGCAUGACCAGCUCUGGGCUAGAUGAGACUGUACUCAUCCGCACGGAAGAUGGAGUCUGGAUCUCCCACGAUCAUGGGAAGGCAUGGAAUAAGAUAUUACAGGGCGAACCCAUAAUUGCAAUUAUCAAACAUCCUCAUUUCACUGACAUGGUUUUUUUCCUUACACCAAGUACUACUGUCUACUUUUCAACCGAACGUGGCAAAAAUAUUCGAAGUUUCCAGGCACCAUAUCCUCCUAACACUGAGGGGCAUCCGCCUAUGAACUUCCAUUCCAAGCAUAAAGAUUGGAUAAUAUGGUUAGGAGCUAAGGAUUGCGAAUUCGAGACAAGUUGUCACACUGUGGCAUCCGUGACAACCCAUCGGGGUGACGAAUGGGCCACCAUCCAACGCUACGUGCGAAAAUGUGAUUUCGUGAGAGAAUUUUCUACGCGACUACGUGCCAAGCCACCGACAAAAGACGAGGUCAGUAAAAGGGAAAAGCUUAUACACUGCCAAGUUCGCAAGCAAGAGAGGAAAGACAGCCGGAAUAAUCCAUGGUUGCUCAAAUCCAGCGACCAAUUUUUCGACGAAGGCGGGCAAGUUCACUACAGUUCUGUUGUGGACUUUGCAACAAUGUCGGAAUUCACAAUUGUUGCAACAAAAAACGAAGAAAAUAAUACUAUGAGCGCACAUGCAAGUAUUGAUGGAUACAAUUUUGCUGAUGCGCAAUUUCCGCAUGGCUUUAUUGUUGACCAUCAACGCGGCUACACCGUUCUGGAAAGUUCAACUCACUCGGCUUUCUUACAUGUAACCGUGAAUAAUUCUCCCGGGCUAGAGCAUGGGACAAUAAUCAAGAGUAACUCGAAUGGUACCUUUUAUUUCCUAAUUUUAAAUGCAGUUAAUCGAGAUACCAAGGGUUACGUAGACUUCGAAAAGAUGAGUGGUAUCGAGGGCGUAGCUAUGGUUAACGUCGUCGAGAACGCUGAACACAAAAAUUAUGAAAAAGAGGGUAAGCAGCUCAAAACAAUGAUCACUCAUAAUGAUGGUGGGGAGUGGUCCUAUCUGUCACCUCCAGCUCUUGAUGCAGACAAGAAGAAGUUCUCUUGCAAGGGAAAACUAGAAAAAUGCUCCCUCAAUAUUCAUGGGUACACUGAACGCCUCGAUAAAUCUCACACCUAUUCAUCUGCUUCCGCUGUUGGCUUGAUGCUUGGAACAGGAAAUGUAGGCGAGUUCCUCGGGAAAGAAGCAGAUACAUUUAUGUCGGCAGACGCAGGCGUAACUUGGAAAUCAGUGAGAAAGGGAUCUCAUUUGUGGGAGUUUGGUGAUCAAGGGUCAAUUGUUGUUAUUGUCCCCAACGACCACUCGACUAAAAGUGUUCUGUAUUCUCUGGAUAAUGGUGAUAGCUGGAUUGAUUACGAAUUUUCUCAAUUCGAAGUCGACGUUCUAGACUUGACCUCAGUCCCAAGCGAUAAUUCACGAAACUUUCUAAUAUGGGCCAAGUCAAAAGAUGACAGGUUAAUGGCGAUUAAUAUCGAUUUCUCCGGCUUAACAGACGUUCAAUGCAAGUUAGAUGAGCAAAAUAUUAGCAAGGGUGAUUACCAAUUAUGGACACCAAAGCACCCCAUGCAAGGUAGCGAUUGCUUAUUUGGUCAUGUUUCGCAGUACUACCGUAAAUCUCCAAGUGCAAACUGUUACAAUGGUCGAAUGAUUGCACAUCUUCAUGAUAUUGCCCGUAACUGCACUUGUACAAGGCAAGACUAUGAAUGCGAUUUUAACCAUCAACGCCAACCAGAUGGCAGCUGUGCUCUCGUUCCAGGUUUUACCCCACCGGAUCAUUCACUUGCUUGCGCUACAGAAGGGGUCAUUGAAUAUUCUGAACCUACUGGAUAUCGCAAAAUUCCUGGUGAUACAUGCACCACUAACGGUUAUCCAGGAAUGGAUGAAAGUACACUGCAUCCAUGUCCCGGAAAGGAAGAAGAGUUCAGAAAGAAGCAUAGUGCCUCAGGUGUUGGUAUCUUCUUUGCGGUUAUAGCUUCGUUUGCAAUUGCCGGUGCAGCAGGCUGGUGGGUAUGGAAGAAUUGGGCCCAUAAAUUAGGCCCUAUUCGUUUGGGAGAAUCAUCCUUUGAUAGAGAUGACUCUUAUCUGAAGUAUCCUAUUCUUGCAGUUUCUGCUGUAUUUGCUGCUGCCCAAGCUACUCCUCUCCUCAUAUCUAGCCUCUGGCGCAGCGCUAGUACAGCUUUGGGUGCGAACCGUAGUGCUCGCUUUACCACUCGAGAUAGCUUUUCACGUGGUCAUGGUACUUAUGCUAUCGUGGAUGACGAUGAAGGUGAAUUGUUGGGUGAUGAUAGUGAUGACGAACUUUAA